ACACGCUGGGUGUGAGCCCUUCUCUCCGCUUUUCAACUUCCCCGUGUAACUUUAUGUGAGCACCACUCCAGAGGCUCCCAGGCCGAGGCCACCGCCCCGGAAUCCGGGCCUUCCCGGUUCUGCCUUUGGGGAGAAGGGAGGGGCGGUGGCCCGCGAGAAGCCAGUUCCAGGCGCGUCCUGAAGUCCCUCCCGCCGCCCCGCGUCGCUUUAAGGCGGAGGCCGGGGAGGGGGCCACGCCACCCGCCGGCUCCGCGCACGGCUCCAGACUUCGGCAUUUCCUCCCCGCUAGCUGGCGCGGACUCUUCUCCCCUCGCAAGAGGGAACUCCUGGGGCCGAGUAACGGGAACAAGCGCGGAGGAGAGCGAGAACGAGCGCCGAGAGGGAGCCCGGGAGUGCCGCCCAGGGUAGGAGGCAAGCCCGGCCGGGUCAGAAGCUGGCCGCCGGCAGCGAGCCGGGGCGCCGGGCGGGGAGAGCCGCCGGGCGGGACCAGGCGUGCAGCCGGCGCAGGGCGCGGCCCGGGGCCCGCGAGUGCAGGGCGGGCCGCAGCUGGAAGGAAAACUUGAGCUGGGAGAGGGGGCCGAGCUGGAGAGCGCCUUCCCCCCGCCCUGCGAGGGGGGAGCCGCCGCGGAGGCGAAGGAGACCCGGACCGCGGGGCUGCUCGGGCGCUGCCCGCAUGCUGGGCCGGGGGCGCCGCCGGGGCUCGCGCCCUGGGCUGCAAGGCCGCCGCUGUCCCGGGCGCCCGGUAUGUCGGUGCACUACACCCUCAAUCUGCGCGUCUUCUGGCCCCUGGUGACCGGCCUCUGCACUGCCCUUGUGUGCCUCUACCAUGUCCUCCGGGGAAGCGGGGGCGCCCGGGCCGAGCCCCCCGACGGUACGGACGGCGGCUUCCCGCUGCUCAAGGUAGCCGUCCUGCUCUUCCUCGGCUACAUCCUCCUGCGCUGUCGCCACGCAGUUCGGCAGCGCUUCCUCCCGGGGUCUCCUCGCCUGGGGAGCCACUCCACCUUCUCUCCUGGACACUUCCCAGAGCCGAGUCUUGGCAUCUUGCUGGAGAGUUACUACGAGCACGAGUUGCGCCUGUCCCCGCACGUGCUGGGCCACAGCAAGGCGCACGUGAGCCGAAUCGUGGGCGAGCUGGUGCGGGCUGGCCGCACCCGGGGAUCCCCUGGUCCCAUCCCCGGCGGGGCGCUGGCCUUGGCCUUCCGUGGAGACUUCAUCCAGGUGGGCAGCGCCUACGAGCAGCAUAAAAUCCGGCGGCCCGACGGCUUCGACGUGCUGGUGCCGCUGCGUCUCCCGCCGCUGGUGGCGCUGGAGCCCAGGAGCCUGGGCCCUGAGCCCGCGCUGGCCCCAGCCUUCCACGGCUGCUUCGUGUGCGCCCUCAAGGCUCCGCCGGGGGCCUCCGGGAGCCACUGGCUCCGGGACUGCAAACCCUUCGCCGACGGCUUCUGCGUGGACGUGCUCGGGCGGCGUCACCUCUCUGCCCCGCUGGUGCUGCGCUGGUUCCAGGCGCACCUGCAGCGCUCCCUGGCCACCGUGCGCUACAGUCUGGAGGGGCGUUGUCGGGUCAGCCUGACCCCGGGCGGCCUGGAACAGCCUCCCACCCUGCACAUCCUGCCCUGCCGCACCGACUAUGGCUGCUGCCGCCUGUCCAUGGCAGUGCGUCUCAUCCCCGCUGUACAUCUGGGUGAUGGCGUUUUCCUCGUGGCACCACCACCAUCCCCCUCACCCGUCGGGCCCCCGUCAGAGCUCCCAGGAGGCCUGCGCACGGAUGCACUGUGGGGUGUGAACACAGCUCGGCAGGAGCAGAAGCUGCUGUGCUGGGUGCAGGAACGGGCCCCUCCAGGUGCCUGCUACCUCAAGUGCCUACAGUUACUUAAAGCUCUGCGAGACCUGGGCGCCCGCGGGCUGGACCCAGCGGCCACAGCCCAGUGGGGACGCAUUCUGUCCUCGUAUAUGCUCAAGACAGCGCUGCUGGCGGUGCUGCUGCGUGAGGGGGUUCCUGCUCAAGGCUGGGACGAGGCACACCUGUGCGAUCGGUUGGAAGAAUUAGUGCAGUUCCUUAGGGACUGCCUGCUGCGACGCCAGACGCUCUUCCACUGCGUCCUGGGCCCUGGUGGGGCAGCUGCCGAGGUGGGCCCCCUGCCCAAGGUACUGCGUGAGGCCGCCCCUGUUGACCUCCUGGCUGCAUUCGACAGGCAAGCCCGGGAACUUGCGGCAUCGAGGUUGCUGUCCACCUGGCGAAGGCUGCCCCAGCUGCUCCGGGUCUACGGAGGUCCUCGCUACCUUGACAGGUGCCCCCCACCCCGGAGUCAGCGGGCACAGGGAUUUCCUGAAGAUCAACCAUAAACCUUGAUAGUGUUCCCCACCUGGCCUAAUGCUCCUAAAGCUUCUUCCAUCGCAUGGGGUGGGGAUGGCAAUGAAGCCGGUUUCAUGCAAGGAAAUGAGGUGCCAAAGGUGUUGGAAAAUUGGGAGAGUGACAUUUGGUGGCUUAUAUGUCCCCCUGGCCCCACAAUCCAGUAUAGCUAUGGCAUCUUGUUCACUCCCACCAACAUAUUCUGAGUGAGCUACAGAAAGGCCUCCAACACCAGCAGCUAAGGGUUGGUUCAAAUGUUGGUUUGUGUGGAAUGAUUCUGCAGAAGGAUCCAGCUUUUAGGGAAGCCCCAUGAAGGAAGUAAGAACUAGCUGCAGAGAAAGUGCCCUCGCUCCCAAAUUUAAAGAAGCUAAUGUGUUUUUGUUUUGUUUUGUUUUGUUUUUGUUUUUUGUUUUGCUGUAACUACUUGCUCUGUCCUGGGUUCCUGAUUGUCUUUUAAAAAGUGUGAAUCUUUAUCUACAACUGGAAUUGAAGUUCUAUUCUAGGGGCUAAUGUUCUGAGGAACACUGUUUCCACUAUUCAAAUUAAUACUGAUGUGUUAUUUUAAGUGGUACCAUCACGGGUGUUUGACAGGAUUGCAAAGAAUUAAGUCACAUGGGUUGAGAGGCAGUCAAGAGUUGGUUAGAGAAACUUCCAGAGCAAAUAGCACUUUAUUUUGAUCAGUCCUUUCAUUUUGUGGUAAUUGCCACUGCCAAGUGUUGCAUCGGAAAGGGAGGCCAGUUACAUUUAUUAUUAAGAAAUGUGCAGUCUUAAAAAGCAGGCUUGCCUAACAUCCCUACAGGCCCACCCUGGAAUAUGUACCAGUCCACACCCAUUCAUGGAGAGCCCACCGUGAGCCAGGCACGGUGCAAAGUAGCAAAAGAUCCAUGUUUAGGACCACACUGGUGCGCAGGGAAAACACAUGGGGUUUUGAGAAAGAUAUAUUUCAGUCUUUGCCUAUCCAGGUGACUCACCAGACAUGCUGCUGGCUGGAGACAGAAACAUUUUGUUGUUGUUUGAAGCCUUUUGAACAAACUCCUCUGCAUGGGAGUCUCUGAGUUUCACGAGAUAAUGCGCAAAUGUCUGUCUUAGUGCCUUGAGUGUAGUUAGCUCUCUUGGUCAGUGCUCAGUUAUGGUUAGUGGUUACCACGUUUCCCUCCCAUCGCCCUGGUGGCCUUUAAGUGGUCCUAAUGCCAACUUGGAGGAGCGGUUGACUGGACCCAGGUCUUGUAAAGCAUUUCCUAUAGAAUUCAGUAUCUUGGGCUCUGUGCUCCCUGACCACCCACCAGCAGUCAGCAGAAGAGAGCUAGGGAGGAGGGGAGGGAGCCACGCCUCCUGCCAGCAGUCUGGUUUUUUUUUUUCCCCCCUUUGCACAUAAAUAUCCCCAACUCACUUUAGGUUUAGUUUUGGUUCAGAAUAGUCCAUCAUCUGCUUGCCUAAUAGAAAAUGCAGCCAGUCCCACCCAGUGUUAGACUUUGGGACUUUGAAAAUUUUUUUUAAUAGAGACAUGUAUUUCCUUGGACUCUUAAAGGUAAAACUUGGAAGACAGAAAUAGCCACCUGAAUAGGGCCAUUGUUUAACUUCUGAGUUAUUUUGAGGGAAUUCUUUAAACUUUCUUUAGGGGACCUACUUGGCCAUGGCAGGAAAUCCUUGUGAAUAAAUGAUUUGCAGGGAAUCCUCUCGGGAGCUGCAGAGACUGAGAUCUUUUGCAACCUUGGACUGGAAGAGAAACAGUUGCAAAUGUCCUGCCUUCUCUUUGAGGUUGUUCUGGGGACAGUUCCUCUUGAUAUCGCAAAGGUCAUUCCCAGCUUUUAAGGUCAGUGUUAGGUUAUAAGGUACUGAGUUUAGCAAAGGGAUCAGUCUACCAGCUUCCUGCAAAGAUAUAAACUGCGUAAUGUUUCUUAAAAUUACUUUUUAAAACAGAUGCAAAGAGUAAGUAGAUCUCUCUGUCUCUAUAUAUAUAUAUAUAUUUAUAUUGUCUCCAUAUUGGCUCCAAUUCCCCCUGUAGUCAUUAAGUCUACUGAAGUGGGGAAUAGCAGAGCUGUUGGAGGGAUGCUAGAGCUUUAAAAGCGGAACUUUCCAAAUGUCUCUAGUUGAGUUGAUAGGUUCCUUUUUUUUUUUUUUUUUAAAUCUUAACUAGUCUUUUGAAGUUUAAAUCUGGUAACAUUUUGUUCUUGUAGUGUUUUAGUAUUUUUAUUUUAAGGCUAAUUACCCAAAGCCUCAUCCAUCCUCAAGAGUUUUAAAUUUUAUUAUUAUUUUUAAAUUAAUGGGGCAUUGUGUUUGUGAAUUGUUAAAAUAUUAAUGUUUUAUUUAAGUGCCAUGCUGAGUGAUAGUUCUCUGUACAUGGCAACCAAAACCUAGAGAUUUCGAUCAAUUUUGAUCAAUAUUUAGUGAUCCCAAACAUGUACUGUGUACAAAUGAAAUAAUACGACAUUUUAGCCAGGUGUGAUGGUUGCCCGAGGCACUUAAAUUAAGCUCAUCUCUGUCUUUUAUCAGGGCUCCGUCAUCUCCUUGAUCUGAAAUGUGCACAUUUUUGGUGUAUACUUGGUACUAGAGAUUCACGUACGCAAAGAUUCUUACACAAGAAGCCUCAAUAUUGCUCAUGGUUAAAAAAAAAAAAAAAAAAAAAGAAGAAGAAGAAGAAGAAGAAGAAAAGAUUAACUGUCCAGCCAGUGCCUGAAGAAAAGUUUUGGGGAGGACGACUCAGCCAUUUUUCCAAAAGAUACCCUUCAGUAACUCCUACUGACCUGUCUUGGGAGCUAUCCUGCAAGGCUCAUGGUUGUGGGCUGAGAAAUAGAGAUUUUUUUUUUUUUUUUUUUUUUUGGCAAGAGGAGUGGAAGAAGCUAUAAGAAAGACCGGAAGCAAGAGAACCAAGAGAAAUCUGAAGAAUUCAGGAGGGAGGCCUUAAGAGGGAACCAAAGAAAGAGAUGGAGAGAAGGGGAACCCCAGGGGGGAAUCACAUGAGGGUGUAAGAGGUUUGGGUAGGAAACACAUUUUUAGGUAUGUGCUAUUUCAAACCAGGGGUCGCAAACUCAGCAGCCUGCAGAAGCCAGGCAGGGAGAUCAGUAUGGGAAGGGGUGGGUGGGUGGAGGGUGGGGACUGUGCCCCCCUUAAGCAUGGCAGCCAUUGGUCAGCUCUGUGCUGGGAAAAAGGUAAGGAGGGGCGAGAAAUCAGGAAUUUUUUUAAAGGGAGACUUUCUCAAUUUUAAACAAAAUCAUUUUGAAUUGUCCCAAACACCACGUGGGCCAAACAGAACAUUUGCUUGAGCCUGGGGCCACCAGUUUGCGACCCCUGCUGAACCCUCCAAGUAUGUAUGAGGUUAUAUUUAUUGUUCUGGAGAUGUUGUUGUUAUACAUAGUUGGGGGUGUGAUAUUCCAAGUCCUUCUUUCUCGGAGCUAAGCUUUAUUGUAGAAACAAACCAAAAAAAAAAAAAAAAAAAAAUUAACAAGGCCACA